AUGUAGCUCAGUAAUAUUGCAUUUGUGCUGGUUGUUGCACUUACUAUUUUUCACUCCGUCGCCAGUUUAUUGUCACAAUAGUGUGAAAUUUGUUGAUUCCAGGUCGAUAAUCCAAGUCUUUAUUAAGUGAGCAAGUAUGUAUACAUAGACACGUAGCGCUCAACACUUGUGAAACCCACCUUUAGGUGAUUUUCCAAGAUUUCCAACUUAGGCUCAAAAUAAUUGUUUGAAAUAUCCGAAACCGGCUCAACACUGACGCAUAUCUGUUGUAGAAAGCAUACCACUUAUAUUUGAACGCUGUUCAUAUAAAUCUUGAAGUCGUUGAAGACUACACUCGAGAGGCUUACGGCUACUUUGAGUUUAACGUCAUGACAGAAUCUCUGUAUUUCAAAGGCAAAUUUGAGAAUAAGCCACCUUUGCAGUCGUGCUUUCAGUCAGCACACACGGACUACGGGAUGCUGAUGAACGGACCUUGUUCGUCGCUAAUGUCUGAAGGACCCGUCACAACGCCUUCAUUUUCGUACAUGAAUAGUGUUCCUGAGAACUGCUUGCAAAACGAUGGUGACUAUUUCGGUAAUGCCAAUAUCGAGAACAUGAACGACUUGCAUUCAUUUCCGUCUGUUCAAACUCGCCGGGAUAGUUCGCAGUCGUACGGCAGUAGACGGUCGACGAACGAAAAGCGAGAUCGUAUCAACGAACGAGAACGAGAACGCAUGCAUCAACUAUGUGACGCAUUUGAACGAUUGCGCGGCGUGCUUCCGUACAAGAAAGCGAAAAAGGGUCCAAAUAGGCAAAAGUUGUCAAAAAUUUCUACACUUCUUUUAGCGCAAAACUAUAUCAAAACCUUAGAGGACCUUCUACAUAGUAACCAAGAGUACGAGACUGCACAAUUGCCGACUCCUAAUAACUCUGUCGGGGACUACGUUGGCAGCUCCAUGUUCAACAUGGCGCCAGAGGCAUACAAUCCUCCAAACCAGUUUCACUACUAUCCGAAUCAAAUGGAACAUGGCUAUCCUUAUCUAUAAGGAGAACAUUAAGUGAGUAGAACUCUUUAACGACUGUUGGUAUAAUAAUACUGUUCACAUGAAAGAGACUCACAUUUUUCUGAACUUCUACAUUUUACCUGUGGUGUUAGCAAUCUUAAAGACUAAUUAAUCCUUAAAAAGAUAUAAAUUAGAAUAUUGCAAGGAUGCAUCACUUUGCAAGAGAUAUUUUUUUCCUUGAACACAAGUGGCUGGUACACUUGCGCCGCUGCAAUAUGAGUGGUAACAACCAACGCGGAUCAACAACAGAAAACGAGCACCAACAUGCAACCGAAUUCGCGCGCGUGAGUUUUGUAAAAAUUCAACACAAACCUCUCGGUUUUUGAUGGACAAAACAGUGGACAAACUACCUCAUCUUGAGAUGUAGACCUUAAUGCAUUCUGAUUUUUUGGACUUUCUAGUAAAGCUGUUGAAAUAUUGUUUGUUUGGUUGACCUUUCGAUGGUUAGUUUGUUAAUUUUGUGCCUUAUUCACGUAAUACUUGUGGUAUCCAUCAGACCUCAAUAAUAUGAGGCAUUGACUGUUAAAUCUUAAUCUAUUUAAUAUUCUAAACAGAUAUCGGUAGUCAAACUGUAAUAAUAAAAAUAAAAAAAAGACUGGUCUUCCAACAUGGUUAAUCUGUGACUGUGGUACAGAAUACGGGUAGUUUAUUAAUAUUUUUGUACAAACAUCUAGCCUAUUCUAAUAAUAUAUUGACAGAAUGUCUUAGUAUUCGUCACCAUACAACCUAUCAAUACAUCUUUGAAUGGCUAGAAUUUGUAUUUGCAACGGGUAUUAAUAUUUGGUAAGCAUGUAUGCAGAUAGGCAUACAAUGUUAUAGCCUGUGUAUAAGUACUGAUAUAUUAUAUUAACACAUUCCAGAAACAGUCAGUCCCUUCAGAGUGGGCGGUUAAGUGUCUUGACCGGUUGUAUGUGACAUUGCCUUUAAUUCUUGUCUUGUUGAUAAUGGUCAAAACUAUCGCAAGUAUGGAUGGUUGUCUCUUUCAUAAGUAGGUCAACUUAUGUAUGUUGCAAAUGGAUGAGUUGUCUGUCUUUUUGCAUAUAAAAGAAGAAUAUAUAGUGAUUAAAGUUUAUAUCGUGAAUAUCAAA